GCCUGGCAACCCUGUUCCAGCUACCAUUUUGCAAAAGAUUUUGCUCAACACGUGUUCGCCGCUGGUUUCGUGUGGAAUUAAUAUUAAAUAUAUCCAACAAUGGCUGAGGAAUCAUUCUACGGAGUCACCUUGACCGCCGAGAGCGACAGCGUCACGUGGGAUGUGGACGAGGACUAUGGUCGCGGCCAGAAGCUGGUCAUCAAACAGAUCCUCCUGGGCGCCGAGGCCAAGGAGAACGAGUUCAACGUGGUCGAGGUCAAUACACUGAAGGACUCCGUGCAAAUUCCGAUCGCUGUGCUGAAGGCCGGCGAGACGCGCGCCGUCAAUCCCGACGUGGAGUUCUACGAGUCCAAGGUGACGUUCAAGCUGAUCAAGGGCAGCGGACCCGUCUACAUCCACGGGCACAACAUCAAGGACGACGUCGAAGUGGUCGACAUGGAGGAGGAUGAUGAGGAGGACGACGUGGCCGAGGACGAGGAGGACGAGCACCCAAAGAAGCGGGCCAAGAUCGAGAACGCCGCCGAUGGCAAAAAUGCCAAGAACAACAAGAAGAAGUAAACCAUAGCUAACCCGCGAAUCAUCCAUCGAGGUUUAAGCUAUGAACGUGUAGAUUUUAAAGCAAAACAGUUUUAGGCCCUAUAUUACAAUACGAUGCAUACUGAGAAUACAAUCUAGUUCCUUUUGAACAGCUCCUUUUACAUUCAAUUCAAAGACAACGUUGUGUGCUCGGGUCGUGUUAUCCUAAGCGAAUGGUCUGUCGCACAGCCAGGAGCUGCAUGGCUGCUCCCCGUUGGGAGCACAUAGGACACCAAUCGAACACACAGAUUUGUAUAUAUAUUAAAAUAUAACUAAAGCUAAGCCGGACUUCCUGUACGCGCCUCCUUCAUAUUUGCAGUAUGAAAAUAAACUGUCGUCGGAAUACAAACGAA